CUUUUAUUGGCCGGUUCCAGCUUCCUCGGCGCGCGCGCGGCCGCUCGGAAGGGGAACGCGGCGCGGCAUGUUCGCCCCGCUGAGGUGGCUCCGCGAGGGGCCCCGUCACGUGCUGGUGUGCGAGGGGAGCCACGUGCGGCACGAGCGGUCCCGCCACGCGGCCCGCGUGCGGGACCACGCCUUCAACUGCCAGGUGAGUGGGGGUUGGGGGUGAGAGUGCGGGUAGCGGUUCCCCCUGAGGAGAAUCCUGAGCGCCUCAAGUCUGUGCGAACUUCGCUGGUGGCUUCCGAGGGAUGAGGUGGUUCAGGAUUGCACCGCCUCACUGACUUCCACGGGUGUAUCUGCGAUUACUGGUGUGGCGAAUGGCCGUUUCUUAAAAGCCUUUAUGUAAAAUUGAAACCCCUAGGCGGUGCUUGCUGAGUUUCAUGGCCAUGUGGCAGUGAUAAAAGGGGCGAAUUAUUGAAAUGCGUGGUAGCUCCUAGCGUCCUGCUCCUUCUAAGGCUAUAGGGCAGGGUUUUGUUUUAAUUUUUGGCCGUGUAGCUGUUAAGGCUUCAAUACCAAAGCAGUUCCCCCCUCUAUUGAUUUAUCCAUCCUGAUAAAGGGGGGAGAGUGUUCCUUGCUUACUAUUCUGUGGCUUUCUUUCUUUUUUCAAAAUGUUUUUUAUUGAUUUUCACAACGUUAUAAACAAACAAACAAACACAUAAAACAAACAAACAUAAAUCAUAACCUUAUUAAAAAUUACACUUAUUAACAUUAUUAAGUGACUUCCUCGCUUCCCCUUGGUUGAAUUUCAUUGCAUGUCUUUUUAACGGUUUUCCAAAUCAUAGUUCUUAAAAUUACUAUUUUGUGGCUUUCUGAUUGGUCCUACCUAAUUUUUUUUCCUUUUCUUUCUUUCUGGAGAAAAAGGUGAGGGAAUUCACCACAAAGUUUGUUUUUUUGUGGGCUCCCACCGCCACAGAAGUGGCUAAACGUAAGAUGUGAUUAAUAAACACAGGCAGACAAUGAUCUGGAUUAUUAAUAGCCACAGCUUUAUUGAUUACAGGGCGUAGGCAAUCUAUAUUUGGCUCAGGCAUUGGGUGUAUAUCUGUUCCAGCCCCUCCCCCCAGACAAAAAUAAUAAUUAUUUAAUUUUUAUUUAUUUUUUUGAAUAUUUAUUCAAAAUUUCAUCAAUACAUAAACACAAAAAGAAAAACAAGAAACACAGAGGGGAGAAAAGAAAAAAGAGGAAAAAUAUACAGCAAAAAAUAGAACAAGAGGAAAAAACCCAAAAAAGAAAGAAGAAAGAUACAAAUCUCAGAUUGCAACUUUUCAUUUGCUUAAUUCUUGAACCGCCUCACACCUCCCUUUUUGUAUUCUAGUUUAAUUCGUUAUUUCAGCAAAUUCUUCCCAUGUUUCUCAAUUUUAAUUUAAAUGAUUAAUCUUCACAAUCUCUCUUAUUUAUUAAUCAAGAUAACCUUUCCAUCUUUUAAUAUAGUCUGUUAUUCAAUUUACCUUAAUCUCUUUAACCUUAUCUUAUCUUAAAAAUCUUAAAUUUUCAAAAUUUACAUCAUAUUUAUACAUAUCUCCUUAAAAUCAUUUCUACUAAAGCCAAUUUAAUUCCUUUCCAGCAUAUUCCCUCAAAUUUCAUUAAUGUUGCACUAAUUCCAAAAUUAACAAAAGAAUUUCCCUUGAUAUCUCUAAUUUUUAUCCAACGUCCCUUCUUCCUGGUUUCGGGUCAUGUCAGUCCUUUCUGUCCAUUACAUCCAGUCCAUCAAUCUGGUGUUCUAAUGUCCGAGGCCCUUAAAUCUCUUCUAGGCCCCUUCUGCAAAUUUUUUUGUUCCUGUUUGUGCUUGCGCACUUCUUUGUCAAUUGUUGGUUUCUUGGGGAGUGGGUUUUUGUAAUAUCAAAUGAUGCCAGCUGGCUGCAAAAUAUGUGCCCAUGGACACACACCUCUGCCAACUGAAUAUAGUGUUUUAUGCCUUUGGUGAAAUGUACCAUUCUUCACAAGUGCUUAUGCCACAAUAUAUAUGUUAGUUAUUUAAGGUACUUGCAAGACUGUAUUGCUUUUGCUGCAAUACAUUAAUAGUUUCAGACAUUAUCUUUAAGAAUGUGGUAUUUAUUUAACGUUUCUAUCUCAUGAGAACAGCAUUUUAAAAACUCAACCCAUUCAAGACUGUAUUAUUUAUUCAGUCUCUAACCAGCUUACGGUACAUAUAAAAUUAAAAAUCAACCAGCAUGUUAUACUAAAGAACAGCGCCAACACAGCCAUCCAAUGAAAUUAAAAAGAACAAAACAUAAAACAGAUUAAAAACCACCAGUGUCAAUUCUAUUCAGUAACACAAUCCAAAAUCAUGGCUUCAAUAAGCACAUACUUAAAACAGAAUAUGGGCCAAACUAGAUGUGACACACAGCUGCAUGGCUAUGAGUUUAAAGAUAGCUUCACUCACCACCCUUACAUGAACCUUUUGUUCUAAAAAUCAGACAUGAGUGGGGUUGACCCACGUUUAAACAAAUCGGCCUAUUACAUCAUAUCUAACUUGGCCCUUAGUUUUAAAACCUAAAAGUAUCUUGGCACAUCACUCCAAAGCUACUGUAUUAUUUAAUUUUUUGCUAGUUUCAAGUUUAAAAUUCUACUGAGGGUUGUGCAAAGAAUAAAAUAUUCCCUGACAGAAUGGUUUAACUGUCUAACAGGCAUAAAACUAAAGGGCUUAUGAGACAAUGAAGGGAAAAGGGAAAGUAUGGAUUAAAUUAAAGCUUAAUACCAACAGUAUAAUGUAUUUAGUACUCACUGCCUUGCAGGAUAUCUUCAGGAGUGGAGUCCCUUAGAUAGAUGGAUGGCAUCUUGUAUGCCUCCUUCUGACAACUCUUGCAGCCAAGCUGGUGCUAAAUGUAUUGCUUUCCAUUUCUUUGGACAACAUCAGCAGGCUGGGGAGCAGGAUUAUGUAGUUUGGGCAGCCUAGGACUUCCAUACCCAUUGUCCAAGUUUUCACCCCAGAGUGGUCACUUCAGUGCUGCUAACACAGUGAAAACAAUAGAGGAGGCAGCAGUUACGAGUUACCAGGCUCUGCAACCAACAGGCACUGUGAUUCUCCAGCAGUUUAGCUCCGCCCCCAGAGGCACACUCCAUUGUCUCUUGAGACAGAUGGAUGUCAACAACAACAAAAAUUAUUUAUGCAUGUAACGUGGGCAUAUCACAUGUGGCCUUUUGUAUCCAGUCCAUAUUGCUUGUAGAGCUACAGUUUUCCUCUUGCAUGCUUUCCGUGGGGAGGAGGGGAUACUUGUGGCCCUACAGAUGUUGGAGAACUCCAGACUUCCAUCAGUCCCAGAAACUUUGUUGCAAACAUUUGCAAAUGUGUAGAGGUAGUUUGUAUCUGUGUUAAGCCUGAACAAGCCUACAGACAGCAUACCUAACACAGGAAUGCUGGGAGAAUAAAGCAGGAUAAAUCCUUGUCAUCUUGACUUUCUUGGUAGAAGAGUUGGUUACAAAUGCACAAGUAUUUGGAUACUAACUGUUCAUAAUAGGUUAAAAACACUACUUUGUUUGAGGUAUUAUUUAAUAUAAAACAGCCAGCAUUGUAUUAAUGUUUAUCUGUGGAGCUGUAUAAAAGGUAUUUUGCAGUCUGUUUAUUAAUGAUCAUAAUACCUCAUUUAUAUCCCAAAUGUUCUCUGAAUAGGUGUCUUUUUUUAUCCCUGACUGUGGAGCAGUCCCAGAAGCACUAAAAAAUACAGUUGCAGAUGUUGGGCAGUACUACUUGGUGAAGAAUUUGUCACUUCAUGAGUUAGUUACGCAGGAAUUUAUUAACACAUUUGUGAAGAAAGGUAAGAAACCAUUGAAAUAAAUAAGCAAGCAUGACUGAAAUUCUGUUUCGUAAAGGUGGAAUGUAAUUAAUUUAAGGAAAAUCUUUGGCUCCUGAAGGAUUUUUGAAGAGAAGCACCUUAGAAAAAUUGGGUGUUAUUGUUUGUUUUUGCUUUUUGGCAUUUCAUUCAGUUGUAACAGCCUCGGAAUACUUUGGCUCUAAUAUUGUGUCCAAUAUAAUGGUUCUGAGGGUUUUGAGUGCACUGGUGCUUUGUCUUCUGGCUGCAGGAGUUGUUUGUUUGUUUGGUUUUUUGCUGCAGUAGAUGUUGAAAGCUAGGUGUUGUAGUCCUUGAUUGCAGUAUUUUCUUGUGAUGUUAAUAGAAGUAAAGGUAAAAGGUAAAGGACUCCUGGACAGUUAAGUCUGAUCAAAGGUGAAUAUGGGGUGUGGCGCUCAUCUCACUUUCAGGCCAACAGACAGCUUUCCAGGUCAUGUGGCCAGCAUGACUAAACUGCUUCUGGUGCAGUGGGACAUGGUGACGAGUGCCAGAGUGCACGGAAACACCCUUUACCUUCCUGCCACAGCAGGAUUUAUCUACUUGCACUGGUGUGCUUUCGAAUUGCUAGGUUUGCAGAAGCUGGGAUAGAGCAACGGGAUCGAGCAACCCCAUCACACAGAUUCAAACUGCUGACCUUCCAUUCAGCAAGCCCAAGAGGCUCAGUGGUUUAGACCACAGCGCCACCCAUGUCCCUUUACCUUUACAUUUUUACUAGAAGUAACAUCACAACAAGUAGAAGUGGCAUUCCCAGAUUAGUUUAACUAUUGCAGUUUCUUUGAAGAACAUGAUAUUAGUUUUUGUUUGUUUUUAUUAUAACGACUUUAAAAAAAGAAACAAUUAAACUCUGAAGUCUUUCUGUGUUUUAGGUUCAUGUUAUGCUCUUACGUAUAAAACAAGGAUUGACCAAGACAAUACAGCUGCUCUGCUACCAACAGGUAUGAUAUCAUGCUGAAAACAAAUAGAUUUAGUGUUUUUCAAAUUUUAUAGUACUAAAAAGUAUCCUUCAGUUCAGUUAGACUAGUUAGUGGUCUAUAGAAGCUGCGUGUGUGUGUGUGUGUGUGUGUGUGUGCCGACAGAAGAGAGAGGGGGAUGUAAUUCAUAUACUCACCUGGCCCAAAGAUCAUGUUUUUAGGUAGAAAAUCUAGUGUGCAUGUUUGUACUUCUCAAUACACAUAUAAGAAAAUGUGCAACUAAGGUAUUCCAGGCCUAGUCUUGAUUCGCGUUGCCUUUUAUUUUCUUUUUGAGUAUUAAGGGUUGUAAGACUCAGGCCUCAAAGCAUAUAGACCUAUGUCUACAGCCUUCACAUCAUAUUGUAUGCCAGUACACAUAGGCAAUCCCUAGCCAGGUAAGUGUAUGAACCACUCCACAGAAUGUGUAUACGUAACAAGCUGCUUUCCAAAAUAGAGUAGAAAAUGAGAAUCAAUGUAGUUGAUCCCUGUUAUCUUCUGGUAAUAACUGUUCACAAUUUUAAUUCAGCGUUAUUAGUUCAUUUUGUGUUUGUGUUUUUACUUUGUAGUAUGUAUUAAGAAGUUAGAAAAUAUGGUUACUUGCAAUUAUUUUUGUUUAUAGGCAAAUUAAUUAUAUCAGUAGACAAGGAUACUUAUGAAGAGCUUGGACUGCAAGGCCGUCCUUCUCUGUAUUCUGGUAAAAAGCCGAUGAGAUACAGUAAGUACCUAUUUAUUAGAUAACACCUCAGUUCUUGGCUUUCUUAUGAAUAUAGGACAUCACACCCUCAGCUUUUGAGGUUUGGAAUUUGGAUUGGAUUCUGCUUGAAUAAACAGAUUUGCCCCCUACAGAUCAAUUUUCCUGAUCAAGCAAGGGAAAUACUUAAAUAAGUAGUUCUCAACACAUGUAGCUUGUGCAGAUGCAUGUGCCUACUUCAAUGCGCAUCCCUAUUUAUAUCAUAAUACUCAACUCAUUGGACAGCCCUCCUAGUGAUGCAGCAAUAAAAUUGCUAGCUCAUUUGCAAAGCUAGGCAGGAUCCGGUAGGGUUUCAAGUUGGAUGGAAGACCACGUAUUGCGUGUGCUGCAUUGCAGAGUGUUGGACUAGAUGACCCUCGGGGUCCCUUCCAACUCUACAGUUCUAUGAUUCUAUGGCUCAGUCUGCCUUUUGAUACAGACUAGGAUACUUAUGCCCAUCUUGGGUCAAUAAACGUGUGGAACUAGAGAUGAGUUGAGGUCAGUAUUCAUUACCAGCUUGUUUCACAGUGCUUUAAUGGCAUGUACAAUCUGAGAUCGAUAUAUAUCACAGGGCACAUGCUCCUAUUCAAACUCCUCAGAGUCUCAAAAUGUGCUAGUGAGGCCUUGUUGUAGAACCCUUCCUCUAGGGAGGUAAUGUUAUUCUCUCCUAGGAGCAGGACUUUUUGUGUGUGGCUUCUGUGGAAUGCUCUUCCUGAGGAAGUUUGCAUGUCUCCUGGUCUCAUUUUGUAGUCAGGUGAAAAUACCUUCAUUCCAUCAGGCAUUUGGGGAUUAGUGAAGAUUCUGAAUGUUUUCUUAUGGAAUCUUUUUUGUUUUCUGUUGAAAGGUGGUCUAUAAAUACUGUAAAUGAUGAAUACCUGGUGUAUAGUCAUUAAUGUUUUUUAUCGCAAUGUUUAGCUUCUUUUUAGAAAGAGUACCUGCUUAGUUAUCCAGGUAGCAUAAGAUCUACUGAUACUAUGUUCACAUCAAAAUUUAUGCUUUCUUCUUUUAAUAGUUAUUACUGUUGACUUGACUGAUUCAACCUUCAGUCCUGAUAGUAAGAAAUACAACAGAGUGAUUUGGGCCUUGAAGGAAAAAAUGCCACUAGAGUUUGAUUUCUUGAUGGCUUGGCACCAAACAGGUAACAGCACGUUAACCAUAAAAGGGAAUGGUGGAAGACAUACAUUAUAUAUACCAUUCCAUUCUGAAGGCUGAUCCUGGUGUUUUUACAUGUGACCGAUAGGUGUCUAUACACAUUUAAGGUGCAUGAAAAUGUAAUAUAGGAAGGGUAAUCUGUCUGUCAGGAGAGCCCCUUGUUUGGCAAGACUGCAGACCUUAGUUUGGGAAGUGCACGUCUUUUCUAAGUAAUAGGGUUUCUUUUAUGCAAUAGGCUGGAAUGCUUAGGCAUCGAAAGUAGAACUAAAUUUGUGGGACAUGAUAGUACAUAUUAGACACCAAAAACAAUGGAUUUUUUGGUUUUGGAGAAAUCAGUAAAUGAGGGAGUACAUAUAUAAAUAUUUUAAAUGUACAAAAUAAUAAUAAGAAGAAGAAGCAGCAGCAGCAGCAGCAUUAUUAUACAAAUAAUCCUUAAACAUUGUGUGGAUGGGAUAAGGAGUGUAUUAGAAUUAUGACCUUGUGCACUUCCUAAUUUGCAAUUAUUCUUCCUGUAUUCUUGCAUUUUUCCAAUAAUUUCAUUUUUCAGUUUAAACCUCUAAUAAUGUUGAUCACGCAAAUUCCAGCAAAGUGGCACAGUCUGGUUGCUCUCCUAAGUGCUAAAUGGAUCUGAAAGUACACUUUUUAUCCUAAAAGGAAUGUGACAACUUGUGGGAUUAAGAGGAGGAGGUUGGAAAUCUUAGGCUCUGGCAUGGCAUAGAUAAACAGUAGAUUUAAUUUCGACACUGUAUUUCACUAAAUCUAUCUUUCCAAAUUGCAUACAAUCAUAAAAGAGUUUGAAUAGUGUGGAAAAAAAUGCUCCUUUUAAAGUCUGUUUCUUUUUUUUAACUUUUGGGGUGUGUUGUUUGCAUUCAAGGAUCAGAAGAAUCAAGUUUGAUGUCAUACUUUUCCAAAAACCAAAUACAGGCCCUUCAGCCAAAAAUAACAUUCAGCACAUUAAGAAAUGUGCAGUGUCCAGUUCUGGAGAGCAAUAAAUUGGAAGGAGAGCCAGAAACAGCAUGCAGUGCUCAGGAAUUAUUUGAAUGGCUAGGUGCCAUUUUCACUCACACUGACUUGUAAGUAUCUGUUGCUUGUUGUAAGUAUAUAUCUCCAACUAUUUUUCUUCAAAAGAAACCCAAUUGGCUUAACAUCAGAUUAUACACACACACACACACUCACGAGUAUUAAAAAUAGUAGGAAAAACAUCACUAUAAAAUGGCAAAACCCAUCAUAUUUUCAAAAUGAAAGGAGCAGCCAAGCAAAAGGAGGAGUAUCCACAACACAAGACAUCCACUUUCAGACAUCUGUUGAAGUCCUUUUUCUGCCGACAGAGCCAAGCCCCUGCUUAAACUUCCCAGCCAUUUUAAUGAUUAUUUUCUAUUGUUUUUAUUGUCUUUUGUGUUUUAUUAUGCUUGUAUAAAUUGUUGUACACUGCCUUGAUAUUUUAAGUGAUUUGGUGGUAUAUAAAUAUUUUUAUAAAUUAAAGUUGUUUAGACACUGUAGUACAUAAUGUCAUUUGGAUAGUUAUUAUCAUAUCUGGGUUAUUAAAAAGUAAGCUGAAUUUUUCUGCUGAACAUCACUGUUGUCCACAGAUCUCAAAGGGCACAAUCUACUGACACAAUGGGAAUUGUACAGGAGAAUUUACUAAAUGGAUUUUGUCCAGUGAAAGGGGAAAUUAUUCAGCUCUUGGUGAUUUAGCUGUAUGGUGCACUAGCAGAACAAUUAUUUAGCAUUUUGAAUGUUAAAAUAUUAAAAGAGUCUUGCAUAUCUUCUUUUUUGCAGAGAAAAUGCAUCUUCUAGUUUCUUAUCAACAUAUUCAUGUCCUCAACCGAGCACAACAGUAGAACAAGCUUUGUUGUGUACAAUAACCGGCUUUAUACUUCCAGAGAAGAUAAUUCAUUUGUUUGAACAAAUAUGGUAAGCAGUUAGCUAUACAAUCUGUCCUAUUUAGCAUGUUAUAACUACACCUGGAGUUGAUCAAAUUGAGCCCUAAACACACAACAGCAUAAAUACCACUGAACUGAUUUCUGAAUAUACAUGCAUUGGGUUGCACUGCAUGUGUGUUCAUGCAAAACUGAACAGAGUAUUAUAUUUGUUUCAGUGUUUUUCCAAUCAUUUGAUUCACAGCCAAUUUCAGGGAGGGGGUGCAGGGGGAAGCCCUGUUACACAAGCAGAAGUCCUUGUGCAGGGUUUCUACUGAUGGUGCUGGUUAGGUGAAUCCCUCCCUGUGUGUUUAUUUGAACAAUCUUAUGUACAUACUCUUUAUCAAUAAGACUUAUUUCUCUGUAUAUAUCCAUAGGACCAAGCUGUUUGCUUGAACAGCUAUGAUCUAACUUCUAUUGCAAAGCUUAAUAUAAUUUAUAGUUUUGCUUCUCUUUUCCUACCCACAACAGUUCCUAUUUUGAAGAACCAAAGUUGGCUCACUGGAUAUCUCUCAUUGUUCAUGGCUUUGCUGACAGCCCUGUUUCCUGGAAAGAAAGUGAACAUGGUUUCCUAAAAGGCGGGGAGAAUUUAUACAACUUCGUAAUUUUUAGGAGCCUGGACUACUGGCUUCAAAUGGCAGUUGGAGCAUAUGAUGAUUGUCCUUAAAUAAUGACUACUGAAGGCAUUCAAAGGUGUUGUAUUAUUAAAUAGACAUUUUUGUAAAAUUAUAAAAAAAUGUACCCUUUAAAAGGGUAGGUUAUCUGGCUUGAAAUCAAACACAAAGGUGAAAUGAUUUUCAUCUUAAUUAUUUUCUUUUUAAAAUUAGUUGUAUAUUUAAGUGUGUGUGUGUUUGUAAGGGUUUAAAAAAUAUAGUUAACGUUUGAGCUUUAAAUUUGCAGCCAUAAAAAAUGUUGUGGAACAUGUUGGUUUGAAGUUGGUUUAAAAUCCUGGUAUAAAAAUAAUGAUAUGUAAAUAAAAACAUUUAUUCUACCUUUUGGAGAAAAAUGUUUUGAAUUUACGUAAGAAGUUGCAGAAGCAACAAUUACUAGACUUUGCUCUUACCAAGGUGGCAGCUAGUAGGAAGGAUUGUACCAGUUCUUAGAGCCAGCAUAUCAGUACAACUAGAACCCUUGCCUUAUCAGAGACACCCAUAUCAAUUCCUUUUCCUAGCCCCUUGUGCUGCACACCUGUGCUGUCUUUUUUAUUGGGCUGUGUGUGUGUGAAUCUGUGUGUGUGAAUUCUAAUUACAACACAAUACCACUGGAAAUUACUAAGAAUAAAAUGACAUUUAUAUAAUGGGAGGCUACUUUGCAACGUGUCUGCUGCUUGUAUCAUGGGAACCAUUUUUAUAAUUUCCCGUGAUCCAAUGAAAUGACUGCAAUAAAACACAGCUGAACUUACUGGAUGAAGAAUUGUGAGUUUACCAGCAACUGUGAUAGUUGGGUGGAGAUCUGGUAAACAGCAUUACUACUAUAAUGGAAAUGGUUGCUAGGACAAGAUCUUGUAUGGUGGCAUCUGACACUCUGACGGUAAGCUCCUGGGAGUAGAAAGGUAAAGCUGAUUCUUACUUUCUAGGUUUACCAAAUUGUGACCUAUUCCCAGUGCCUCUUGUUAUAAUAAUUUCAGGACAGCAAGAUUUUCAGGUGCCUCAAGUCCCUAUUCAAUCUUGCGCCAUCUUGUCUGUUAGGAAGCAGAACUAGAGUCCUUUGAUUUAAUAAUUACAGGUUCCUUUUAUAUCAUAGCUCUUACAAGGUGAUCAUAAAAUGUUAAAUACAUUUAAAACAUGAUAUUCUAGACAUUAACUUCCAAACAGUGGCAUGCUGCACCAGUAGAGUUGGGUUCUCCCAGAAUAUUGCAUUGCUGUUCUUGAGCUUUGACUCAACAGGUUAGAAUCUGGCAACUUCCAUGGCAUUUCACAGCAUACUCAGAAGCAAAUACUGAAUUGGGUGGAGAACAUGCAGACUGACUAGUUGGAAAGUGAUUUACCUUCGACAUGACAACUUGCAAAUUACUUCAACCAUAUAAAGUAAAAUAAAUAGGACAAAUGCAACAAACUAUAGUAGAUAAACUCACUGUAGCAUAAUAAGUUGAGCCUGUUAAGAUCAAAGCAACUGCAGUUGCCUUAAAGACAGCCUUUUCUCUAAUUGCUGUGCUGAUAUCUUGGUCCUUGCUUGUCAGUAAAGUUCAAAGCCAGACAGGAAGGAAGUGAGCUCAGUUGUGGAAAGGAGUGGGUGUAAUAUACUUAAUGAAAACCUUUCAAGAAUGGAAAUCUAGACCAGGGAGAUUGUGACCUUAUCCAAUUUGUUAGACAUGAAUUCAGCAAAAAAUAAUUUUACUCUGCAUUUUGCAACAGAUUACAGAAGCAAAAUAUUAGGACCAGAAAUUAUUACAACAUCUCUUGGCAUUGUUAAAACAAGUUGCGGGGGGGGGGGGGGAUGGGGCUCAUGAUGCUAUAUACAGGCAAUCCUAGGAGCAUCGUUGCUCUGUAAAUACUCGUAUUAUUAUUUUUGGCAGAGGAGAGCAUGUUUUGGAAAUCCUUGCUUGACAUUAUUUUGUUUGUUUUAAACAUUAUUAACCAGAGUAUUUUUUUAGUUGGCAUAUUGAUCUUUCAGACAGUCUGAGCUUCAGCUUUGAGCUAGGCUGAGCAUAUAACAUUAUACAGCAAUAAGAUUCAGGUGCAUGCACCCUCUCAUGUCACAUAUAAAAUCUUCAGUUUGAAUCAGAACCUCUUCCCAUGUUCAUUAUUGGAUGAAGAGGCGAUAGUCCCACUUGUGUCAUUUGUCCACUCCUUUAUUUGUCUGUGUGCAAAUGCAGAUGGAGUUAACAUGAAAAGAUGCAAUGAAUGGGAAGAGGUGGGAUAUAUCUGCUGAAGAUUUGCUUCCACAUACAGAUAUCUGUGAACUGGCCUUUUACUACAUGCACCCAACAUACUUGUUUUGCUAUUCACAAAUGUAUGAAAAUAUGCUAUUAAUUUCUUAUAGCAACUUUUUUGGUCAUAUUAAAAAACAACAACCCCAAAACUCCAGAGUUUUAUUUAUUUUAAAAUCUCAUAUUCUUACGUUAUGGAUAUGCAUGGAGAAACAAUCAGACGGUCCUCUGCCCUAUCUACUCCAAAUCUAGACUGUUUGUCACCAUAUCAGUUCAGCUGUAAUCGGUAGCAGAUAAACAACCAUACUUUUCCAUCUCCCAGCUAAAUAUCAAGAGUGGGGACUUAGAAGGCUGUGCUUAGGUAGCUUAAAUAUUAUUGUAAUAGGGAUUCAGAGGUGUUCUCUAGCUUCCACCUAGAGUAAGAAUAAUGUCUUAUAAAAUAACCUGAGCUCUUAUUUUAGAAUAAAAACAGUUGUUUACUCCUAGAGCCUCCAGCUACAGCUGGCCAUCUUAACAAUAGCAAGCAUUCUGCUGAACACAGUGCUCCUGGGAAGCAGGAAGCAAAUUGUAGCAUUCUGCGCUCUCCAGUACUGUUUGCAUGCACUUUACAACAUUUUUUUAAAAAGAAUAUUUAUCAUCUGAUACAAUCAGUUAUUAAUUUUCAUUUACCCCUUUAGAUUAUAAUGCCUUAAUUACUAUAUAUUCUCUAACGGCAUAUUGAUUGAGUUAGAAUUUAGGGCCACUUCAUGCAUCAGAUUUUUUCCUAGGACACAUGUGGUGAAAAAGCUACGUGAGAAUGUGUUCUUGGUAAAAUGUACUGUCAGUUUAAAUGACAGCAGUGUAGGAUAUGGUCUUUUGUGAAGUGGUUCUAACAAGAAAGUGCAUUUAGGAACCAAUUCUUAUUCCAGUCAGCUUUCACAAAAGCUUGCAAUUUUCAAAUUAAUAUUCCGAUAUAGAGCAUCAAAUGGGGUACUGUGGAGUCCAUGACAUGGACAUGCAGCCUGUAUAUAGUUCUAUCCCACCAAGAUUUACUACAUGUUUACACCAAGCUGACACUACAGAACAAGCCCAUAUACACAUGCAAUUACAGGCACUUCUUUAAGAGGUGGCGUUCUUACACACACCCUUCCCAUUUGCUGUGGUAGGAUAGGGUGUGCAGACUUUCCAUGAAUGCAGUUCCAGUUCUGUUCUUAGAAGUUUGGUAUUCCUGGAACUGUCAUGGAGCAAUCUGAUGAGAAAAAAAGCAUUUGUGUAUCUCUCUAGUCUCUGCCUACCUGUACAGCAGGAUUAUGUAGAAUAGAUAGUGACUGAUGAGAGAAAAGUAUGCCUAUCAGGUCCAGUUGAAAUGUUACAAUAGACACAAAAAUAUAUAAUUAAUUCAAUUUUCACUAUUAUUAAUUUAAUUUAUAUACUGCCCUUUAUCUGAAGAUCCCAGGGCAGAAUACCAUAUUAAAAGCAUAAUUUACAUAUAUCGCAAUAUUUUUUGUUGCUAUGGCCGAUGGCUGAUGCAAAUAAAGUUCCAUUCAUUCAUAAUUUACAUAGUGUAAUGAUAGAAGACAAUAAAACAGUCACAGAAAAAAAAUAUCAUUAACAGCCACUCCACACAAACUUAAAAAACCAUAGGUAGUUUGAUGGCUAAAAGCCUGGGUAAAGAGGAAUGCUUUCCCCUGGCACCUAAAGACAUGUAAUAUUGGCUCCAGGAGAGCCUUUCUGGGAAGAGCAUUCCGGUGCCACCACAGAAAAGGCCUAUUCUAGUGUUGUCACCCUCCGAACCUCUUGGAGCGGGAAUGCAGAGAAGAGCCUUGGAUGACAAGCGCAGGGUCCGGCUCAGUUUGAAUGGGGAGAGGUGGUCCUUAAGGUAUUUAGGUCCUGAGCCAUGUAAGGCUUUAUAGGUCAGCACCAGCACUUUGAAUUAGGCUUGGAAACUCAUUGGCAGCUAGUGUUGUCGGGCCAGGAUCAGUGUUAUAGACGCAACACGUCUUGCCCCAGUGAGCAACCUGGCUGUCAAAUUUUACACCAUCUGAAGUUUUUGAACCAUCUUCCGAGACAGCCCCACAUAAAUUGCAUUGCAGUACUCUAUGCAAGAAACCAUGGAUGAUGACAUGUUUAAAACCGGUUGCCUAAGUGUACAGUGUUAACACAUGACCAUGACAUACCCCCACACCAUAGAUCCGUGAUUUGCUAAUGCUUACAUAUUUAUAUGCUAGCAAUUUGUUUCAGAUGUGAUGCUGUCUAUGCGUGUCCCUGCAUGGAUCAUGUUUCAUUUAUUUUAUGUGCCCAAUGUCACAUUUGAAUUGCUGCAUAAUUAUUUUUGCCUUUUUUUCUGGGUGGUGAUACAAAAUAAGUCACACUAAAAAUAUUCAGGAAGGAAGACAGCAUAGACAGGUGGAGCUGAACACAUUUCUGGCAGAGCUCCACAGAAGGCAGUGGAGCUCUACAAGAUUGGAAUUUGCUCCAUUUUAAUCUUCACAGCUGUUUGCUGUCUCUCUUGAGGGGGAAAACACACACCGCACAUCCAUAAAAAAAUAUUAAAUCCCCCCCAAACUAAGAAAGUUGCCAGCAAAGUAAAUGUUUACACCUUUUCUUCAUAUUUAUGGAGAUUUAAUCCAAAUCAUUCCACUGCACAUUUUUAAAAAGUUUUAUUUAAACAGGAGAGGUAGAACUAAAGGACAAAAAGAAAUACACAGAAUAGGAUUACUGUAAACAUGUUAAAGCAGCUUAGCUUUUACUGAGAAGAUGUACACCUCUCCAUAUAAGUCCACUUACGCGUUCUUUUGGAUCGCCAUUAGAAAAUGAAACCAUUCACUUAAGAAAAACUGAUGCUAGCUUAAAUUGCUCAAUCCUCGUAAUAGUGACAGUAGCCUUAUCUAGUGAGCUCAACCAAUUUAUGUUUUAAAAUAGCCGUAAGACAACCUUAUAGAAUCUAUAGCAGAUCUGUGAGCGACUAUGUAAAUAAACAGAAGAGAUACUGAGUGCUUAACCUAAGGGAGGCUUAAAUUGAAAAAGGCUCAAGGCAUGUGGAUCUGAAAGCAUUUUGGGGGAUUUAAAUUAUGGAUUAGAUACAUAACAUCAUACUUCUGAAAGCCUCAUCAUGGUCUGAAACACUGCUUUAUGUCUUCUGAACACAAUGCCAACUGUGCACUGAAUCUGGCACCUGCUGUUGUAAUUAGCUUUUCUGGAAUGGUUUGUAACACGCUCUGGCCAAAGGCUUCUCUCUCCUUCCUUCCCCCUCUCCACCCCCUCCUGGGCUGCUGUGGUGGCAAAACCCAACACACUUCCUUUUGCAGUUUUCCAUCUAUUGAUCCUUUUCUACUAACUGUCAGCAACAUAAGACAAUAUUUUCAGGUGAUGAAACCCAAUUUUGGUCUAUUAAAAAAGAGCCAAGAAGGCUUUCUACAAGCAAUAAGAGUCAACAGAAGUGAAUAGUGGGUACUAAAUUAAACGAAAGAAGAAGCUUCUGAAAUAAAAAAUUGAAGCACUGUCAAAAUAUAGCCUUUGAUAUGAAACUGAAUUGGCUGGAGCUCACUCAUCUGUGUAGGUAGUUUGGAGAUGAAUUGCAUAUAUCUAUGCAUUUUUUCCAAGUAGAAAGUUGACUUUGUAAUUCUCCAAAGCAGAAGAAUCCAAUAGUUUAGGUUCAUAUUUGUUUCAUUUUGAACUGGAAAGGCCAUCCAGAUAUUUCCAGUGCAAUGUGCUUAUGUAGAAUAAGUGUUGUGACCUAACAAUUUUUGCUGAAAGGCAAACAGCCAUAAACCUUUAAAAAAAAUGUGUUUUAGAGAAAUAAUGCAUGAACCAACGCACUGUGCCGUUAGUAACAUAAUGCUUAGUAUGCUAUUGCUCCAAUUUAGCAAUAGAGAACUUGCAGCAUUGUUUGGAGAGUUCAUGAGAAUUCUCAUUCAGAUGUAGAGGGACUUUGUGAUAUUCAUCUGGGCUUGAUUAAUACAGCCAGUGAUAGUGGACAUCAUCAUUUGGGUCCAAUUGGAAACAACAAAGUUAAGCUACACCAGGAUCAAGCCUUGUAUAGGCGACAGUAGAGAUGUGUUAGGGAGUAACUGGGUAUUAUGAUGAAUACAGAUAUGUUUUAGUUGCUUGGUUUAGGAUCCUGCAACACUUUUUCAUAUCUUCAUAAGCUUAAGUCCUGGCUGCUGUAGGUAAAUUCAAAUCAGGUGACAAUAGCCAAUUGAAAAUUUUCUAGCAGCUGCAAAGGGGUGACAAAGUUGGGCUUAGCAUUCACCAAGGCAUUAAAUUGCUACCGUAUGACUCUUCUGAAUCUACUUUGUAAUGUACCUUCAUGGGGCUGAUCUAGAAGACUGUUGAUAGAAUUGAUACCUCCUUCCCUAGGGUGUUCUGAUGAGUACAUAUUACACCAACAAGUUGGCACUGAUUUACUAGAGAUGGGGGGGGGGGGUGGAGGGAGAGAGAGAGAAAGAAUGGAAACUGCUGUUUUUUGACAUGCAUUAAAGCCUACCUUGCACACAGCCCAGAAUUUAUUGUUGCCAUUAAGUGCCAUCAUGAUAUUCUAAGAACAGUGUGUGUCUUCAGGCAAUUUUAGCUCUUAAAAUAAAUACAUUAUCAGUUGCCACAACUCAAUGGCUUGCUAGGGUCUUGCAUCUUCUGAAAGAACACAAGACCUUUCAUAUGAGGUGUUUUAAUUCUGUGGUUUUUUUAAUUCACUAUAUAUUUUGGAAAGUUGUUUGCCUCCUCUCUGUGCAUUAACCAAAUUUUGCAUGAUGGUUCCUGAGAUCAAGGAGCGGGCUUUCUUCUGUUUGGAUACAGUUGGACACCAUUUUGAAUCAAUAUGGCAAACUAGACCUUUCAAAACCACUGAUUUUCCCUACUGAUUUCAAAACUCCACUGAUUUUUUUAUUUUUUGGGGGGUGGGGAGUGGGUUCUUAGAAUUCCCAAGCAAUAGCAGGUAUGAGGCUGCUAGAUCACAAUAUUUUAUCUUAUAAAAAUAUGCAGUCCACAUUGGGGAUGCUCAAGCUAUGUAGUUAAACAUCAUUCAGGACAUUGUGGUACGAAACAGAAUGGCUUGGUCUGAUGCAGGAAGGCUUUUCUUGUGGUCCCUUUAAGCAACUUAAUUCUACUGCAGCAAUUAAAAUAUAUUUCCUGAAAUUGUCAUCAUGUAAAAACCUGAAGAAACGAAACUGAAUUAUUUUUGAAAAAAAUAGUCUGAAGCCCUUGGUGAAAUGUCUGUUUCCAAAAGUGACCAUGGACUGUUGAUUUCUUCAAAACACUUUCUAACUCCCAAAGUGAAAUAUUGUAACUUGCUUGUCAGUUGAGUUGAUGCAGUGAUUUUGGUUCUCGUGGGCUUCUAGCCAGACAAGCCUUAGAACCGGCAAUUACUGCUAUCCUGGGAAAUACAGAAACAGUUCUUCAUUUUCUGUUCCUUCAAGAAGCCCUCUAUUUUAUUGUCAGAGGUCUGAAGGUCUUCCUCUGUGUCAAUAAGAUAUCAGGAGGAGCAUAUGUUGUCCUGUUGAUGAUAGCGUUUUAGAUAGUAUUGUAAUGGCAGUGUACAGUGGUACCUUGGUUUAAGAACAGUCUGGUUUAAGAGCAAUUUGGUUUACAAACUCCGCAAAACGGGAAAUAGUGUCUUGGUUUGAGAACUUUACCUCGGUCUAAGAACAGAAUCCAAAUGGUGGAAGGGCACCGGCGGUAGGAGGCCUUAUUAGGGAAAGCUGCCUCGGUUUAAGAACGGUUUUAGUUUAAGAAUGGACUUCUGGAACGGAUUAAGUUCGUGAACCGAGGUACCACUGUAUUCUUAAACACACUUAAUAGCAACUAAUGUUACUUCCGAGUAAAAUGUGCUUAGGAGCACAGCCAAAUUUUAAAAACAUCCUCACGUGCCCUUCACCCAAUGUAUUUCACUCUUCUCCCUGUAUCUACAACAGAAGACUGAUUCACCCUGAUCCAUGAGUGCCCUGUGCCCAGGGAACCUCUCUCAUUAUUUCCUGAGCAAAUUAUCAGAACUGCCAAUUCAGAAGAGCACACAAAGUUAACACAUGGCAGCAUAUUACAUAUAUAAUUGGGGAGUUACGUAUGCGAGGCAACUGGAUGCCCAGUCAGCUGAAUUGAGUAAUUUCCUUGAGUUACUACACUUCCUUGGAAUGGAGGUCAUUGGCAUGGGCAUCUCCAGGAAUUUUCCCUGCAAAUUAAAACACCAAAAGUUAGCCCUUGCCACACACCCCUCGUGCCCCAUAGAUGCCCAUGGUCACAGGUGGUGUUUCUGUGAUACAAGCUUUAUUUGCAUGUAUACAUAGCCAGAACAUGCAAGCAGCUUCACCUCAUUAACUUUCCAACAUGUCCUGCUCACCCACUAGGUUUCUAGGGCCAUAGCUUUCUCUUUCAGACGUAGUUUCAAGAAUGGCAGUCUUUUUUGUUCUCUUUCAGACACAGAAACAUUGAUUACAUCUCCAGCCACGGCAGGAGGGAAGAAAGACAUGCACCCUUCUACAUGGAGCCCCAGGUAUUUUGUUUCCGUGGCAACACUUCACCUGUACUUGGUCAUCACUUUAGUUGUGCAAAGACAGGUUUUCUUUUAGUGAUCCAUGAUGACUGGGGUGGGGGGAUAUCAACUAGAGCCUUGAUUUCUCUUCUGUCUUCCCUCCCCACCCCCAGCAAAAAAAAUGGUGGUUGUAGCACAUACAGCAGAUUACAAAACAGAAGCAUUCCCCUUCAAAACAGCGUGAGGAUAGAGGGGGGAGCCAUGUAUCAUUCCUUUAUUCAACAUCAUUCAGUCCCUCUACUCCUUAAUUGGUGGAACAAAGACUAAGUAAAAUCUUAUAAAUUCUACUUGGGGUGGGGGUGGGGUGGGGAUUAAGAUCUGUAAAUCUUCCAAGUUUUACUGCAGCUCUGUUCAUUUAAAUGGAGGUUGUGCAACAUCAGUAUUUGGAGGAUUGUGUCCAUAGAAAAUAGCAAGCUAUGUUAUGUCUGGAUGUUUUUAAAGCUGGUUGGAUCUCCAUUCUCCAUAUAAUGUAUCAUGACCCUUGAGUUAAAGUAUUUUUCGUCCUAUAGGGCGCACCGGCCCAUAGGACGCACCUCAUUUUGGGGGGGGGGAAUGAAUAAAAAAAAAUUAUUCUCCCCCCCCCGGCCGCGGCUGCCGCCCCAAGCCUUGCGCACACCUGCCCGAAGCACGGGGCACCCUCCGGAGGGCUCCCCGUGCUUCAGGCGACAGGCUGCCGCCCCAAGCCUCGCGCGCUCGGCGGGACCUCCUGCCGGGGGCGCAAGGCUUGCGGACACUCGCCCGAAGCACGGGGAGCCCGCCAAGCGCAAUUCAAAUUUCUCUGGCUGAUCCCUUUCCAGGCCGUGGUGAUCAUCUUCAAGCAGGUGACGAUGUCGAGGUGGUCCUUCCAGAAUUCCCGCAGGGUGAUGGUGGUGCAAUCAGUCACCUUGAAGCAUCGCCUGAAAAGCUCCUUGGUGUAGAGUUUUUUGAAAUUGGUGAUGACCUGCUGAUCCAUCGGCUGGAGCAGUGGCGUGGUGUUAGGCGGCAGGAACAUGAUGUUGAUGAAGCUGAACUCCUCCAACAAGUCCUCCUCAAGGCCUUUAGGAUGAGCAGGAGCAUUGUCCAUCAGAAGCAAAGCCUUCAGCGGCAGGUCGUUGUCCAGCAGGUACUGUUUGACAGCAGGGCCAAAAGCAAGAUUGACCCAGUCCACAAACAGCACACAUGUGACCCAAGCCUUACUGUUGGAUCGCCACAUGACACUCAGCUGCUCCUUGUCGACCUUGUGUUUCUUGAAGGCCCGUGGGUUCUCCGAGUGGUACACCAGCAGCGGCUUGAUCUUCAGGUCGCCGCUUGCGUUGGCACAGAAGAGCAGGGUCAGAUGGUCCUUCAUGGGCUUGUGGCCAGGCAACUUGGCCUCCUCCUGAGUGAUGAAAGUCCUUUUGGGCAUCCUCUUCCAAAACAGCCCGGUCUCGUCGCAGUUGAAGACCUGCUGUGGAACGUAGCACUCCGUCUUCACAGCCUCCAGGAACUCCAAUGCAAAGUCUUCAGCCGCAGGAACAUCAGAACUGGCAGCCUCUCCAUGCCUGACCACGUUGUGGAUUCCAGAUCUUGUCUUGAACCGGUCAAACCAGCCUCUGCUUGCCUUGAAGACUUCUGGCUCGCCUGAGGUUCCUGGCUGUUCCCGGACGAGGUCUGUGUGCAAGGCCUUGGCCUUCUCACAAACCACGGCCUCAGUCACUGUGUCCCCUGCACGCUGCUUCUCUUCUAACCAGAUGAGCAGCAACUUCUCGACCUCCUCCAGAACAGCUGGGCGGUUCUUCACGAUCCUGGUGACUCCCUUGGCUGCAUCAGUCGCAAGGAUAUUCUCCCUCAUCUUCAGGAUGGUGCCGAUGGUCGAUGGGUUCCUGCCAUACUCCCUGGCGAGGUCUGUCACACGCAUUCCACCGUCAUGCUUCCGGAUGAUCUCCUUCAUUUCCAGCGUCACCUUCUCCUUCUUCCUCUCGCCGGCCUCUGCAGCAGCAGUCUUCUUGGGUCCCAUGGCAGCACAGCUCCUAGCUUCGUAAACGGAGGGGAAAAAAAUAAAUCAGUGCUUUACACCCAAAAAAUUCAAAAGCACGCACCCAGCCACCCACCACACAGGAAUUCAAACCCAGAACCAAGUCCUUGAAUUCCAAACACCCAACCCAAAAUCCAAAAACCUCAAAAAAAGUUUUAAAAGUUUAACUUACGAAAUGGCUGCAAAUCACCAAAGUCUUCAAAAUCCUCAAAUGGCUGCAAAAGAAGUUUUGGAAAAGCUUUAAAAAUCACCAAAGUCUUCAAAAACCUCAACUGUUCCCCCAGCCACCCACCCACCACACAGAAAUUGCAAACCCCUCCCCAACUGUUGCAAACCCCUCCCCAACUGUUCCCCCAGCCACCCACCACACAGAAAUUCAAACUCAGAAACUUUUUUUGAAAAAAAAACAACAUGGCCCAAUGGUCACAGAAAAUCAUAAAAAUUCAGAAAAACCCACACAAGCUCCCAGAUUCUUGCAAACCCCUCCCCAACUGUUCCCCCAGCCACCCACCACACAGAAAUUCAAACUCAGAAUUUUUUUUAAAAAAAACACAACAUGGCCCAAUGGUCACAGAAAAUCAUAAAAAUUCAGAAAAAACCACACAAGCUCCCAGAUUCUUGCAAACCCCUCCUCAACUGUUCCCCCAGCCACCCACCACACAGAAAUUCAAACCCAGAUUUUUUUUUUAAAAAAAACAGCAAGAGUGCCCCAAUGGUCAC